CUCACUGCACAACCAGGCAGCUGUCACAUGACGCGCGGGCAGGAGACCGGCCGGGCGGCCGAGGGCCACCUGUUAAGUGAACCUGGUAGCCCCGAGCCCGCCCAAGGCAAAGCCCCAACAGCGCGACCCCCCGGCUCCGUGCACCCUGCGACCGGGAAGGGCCGCGCCCGGCCGGGCAGGUUUCCGGUCCCUCGGCCCCACGCGCGGGGGUUAGCAUCAAACACAGAAGCCCCGAGGCAGCCAGCACGCUCCACUACUCCCACUCCUUUCCUGAGACCUGUACCUGAUGUCAUAACUGGCUUAAACAGAGAAACAAGGAACCGCGAGCUAGUGAGAAUCACCGUGGAAAACCAGGGCAUUCUGAAGAGGCUUGUGGAUCGCAAACCCCACUAUGACCGCAGGGCAUCUGAGAUAGACUGGCAGAAUUCAAGGCGCUAUAUCAGAAAUACCACGAGAUAUCUUCUCUCCCAGAAUGAAUAGGUUACUCACCAUGGAAAAGAUACAAGAGAACGUCCUAGGAUUUCUUGGCUGCUUAGAAUCUCAAGACACCCCUGAGCAGAUGAAAUGCUCAAUCUUCAGAUGCUUCAAUAAAGUUUGGAACAUAAAAUGCAUAAGUUACAUUCAGGGGACCCAAAGGCUUUACGUUCUCAUUCCAAAAUGGGGCAGGUAAAAGGAAAGAUGCAAUGAGCAUUUUUAUUUGGGGCUAUGAAGAGAAGUUUUAACAAGAGAGAGAGAGAAAUCAGAGAGAACUCUUUUAAACAUACACCAUCAUCACCAUCCCACGGAGGAAGAAAAGCUGGGGUGAGGACAUCCAGCCACAUGACAACAUCAAGUUUCAGAAAAUACGAAGAACAAAUGCCAUUAGUUCCUCUGUGAAUACACACAGUCGGCAAAGAAUGCCUUAUUGAAGUUUCCAUGGACUCUGUUCAUUUAUAGGGAGCAGCAGCAGUGAAAAUGUCUCAGAACAUAUGGUGAGACAAUGUUGCAGGGCUUCUAUGACUGGUCAUGCUGGUUUUGAGCCCAACUCUGUUAGUCAGCAUUUUCCAAAGAGACAGACUCAA